AGGGCGGGACCUGCGGGUCACGUGGGCGGUGCGCGCUCAGUGCGGCUGCGCCGGCCGGUAGCUGCAGCUGGAGCCGUGGCGUUUGGAGGAGACGCGGCUAUAUCUUCUCAGAAGUUUCACAGGAGGGAAGUCAGUGACAAAGAAAGAAGUUGUCAUUUUUGCACGAAACUGGAUGGCUUCUACAGGGAGCCAGGCCUCUGAUAUAGACGAGCUUUUUGGAUUCUUCAAUGAUGGCGCACCCCCCACGAAAAAGCCCAGGAAGCUGCUUCCAAGCUUAAAAACUAAGAAACCUCGGGAACUUGUGCUGGUGAUUGGAACUGGCAUAAGUGCUGCAGUUGCUCCUCAGGUUCCAGCCUUAAAGUCCUGGAAGGGGUUAAUUCAGGCCUUAUUGGAUGCUGCCAUUGAUUUUGAUCUUCUAGAAGAUGAGGAGAGCAAAAAGUUUCAGAAAUGUCUCCAUGAAGACAAGAACCUUGUCCAUGUUGCCCAUGACCUUAUUCAGAAACUCUCUCCUCGUACCAGUAAUGUUCGAUCCACAUUUUUCAAAGACUGUUUAUAUGAAGUAUUUGAUGACUUGGAGUCAAAGAUGGAAGAUUCUGGAAAACAGCUACUUCAAUCAGUUCUCCACCUGAUGGAAAAUGGGGCCCUAGUUUUAACUACAAAUUUUGAUAAUCUCCUAGAACUAUAUGCAGCAGACCAAGGAAAACAACUUGAAUCCCUUGACCUUACUGAUGAAAAAAAGGUCCUUGAGUGGGCUCAGGAGAAACGGAAGCUAAGUGUGCUACACAUCCAUGGGGUCUACACCAACCCUAGUGGCAUUGUCCUUCAUCCAGCUGGAUAUCAGAAUGUGCUCAGGAACACUGAAGUUAUGAGAGAGAUUCAGAAACUCUAUGAAAACAAGUCAUUUCUUUUCCUGGGUUGUGGCUGGACUGUGGAUGACACCACUUUCCAGGCCCUCUUCCUAGAAGCUGUCAAGCAUAAAUCUGACUUAGAACAUUUCAUGCUGGUUCGGAGAGGAGAUGUAGAUGAGUUCAAGAAACUUCGAGAAAACAUGCUCGACAAAGGAAUUAAGGUCAUCUCCUAUGGAAAUGACUAUGCUGAUCUUCCAGAGUAUUUCAAGCGACUGACAUCUGAGAUCGCCACGAGGGGUAGAUCAGGAAUGGUGAGAGAAGGCCAGCUAAAUGGCUCAUCUGCAGCACACAGUGAAAUAAGAGGUUGUAGUACAUGAGCAAGCUAGAGGAAUCACCACCAAGCUGUAAGGCCCUAGUGUGGACAGUGUCUAACAAGCAAAUUUAGAAGAACUCAACACAGCUCCCAGAAGCACCAAUACCCAGAGGUUGAAAUUUGGGGCAGAGUAGCGGGGGGAGAUGUUCCAACUUUUCCUUUAUGCUGGCUGGUUCAUGAUAUUCUGCUACCUGUUCCAGUUCAAGAACACCUGAGUAACAACGGGACCCAAAUGCAGCCCCCUCACUACACCCACCCAAGGCUGGACAUGCUUGCGUCCACACAGCAGACCAAUGUUGAUACCUCCACUGACUGUGGCUAUAGCCCUGCAUGAAGGACUUGGGGAGCUAGAAGUCAUGGAGUCAAUGGGGCUCUUGUUGCAGUUUUGUACUCUAUUGGUUUUUCAACUAAGCUUUAUGGCUUUUUUAAAACAUGACUUGAAGCUCUAGUUUUCUAGAUCUUUUACAGUGUACAGUAUUUUACUUACUGAGCUGUAUUAAAAGCUUGUUCAUUUACCUGCCAGGGCCCUGGCUCUA